AUGCGUGACUUCGAUUUCGGCAUCCUGAGCCACUACUCUGAUGGCCUCGUAGCAUCCAAGUUGGUCGAGUAUGAGGAGCCCACUCGGCAUAAGACCGAUGCUGGCACCUACCGCAGGAGCAAUGUUGCCAUGGGCCUCAAGCAAGAGAUAGUCAAUGUCGAAUUUUUCGAGGGCAACUGCCAGUACGAGUCCAGCAAUCCCACCCCCGACUAUCAAUAUUCUUGA